UGAGGUCUAUCUCCAGACACCACCCGUUGACGUCACCUUCAACCCUCUUUUCCUGCGCCUCUCCCUGUAGCCGAGCAGAGGCGAAGGAAUACCUAAUGUCGACCUUCUUCCCUCCUGCUCCGAUGCCUACGAUGCCGGAGACAGCGCCGCCGCCGCUGCCUUCAAACUUAGUGCCUGAAUCCGAGGAGUCAUCUUCCGGCGCUGAAGCAGCGGCGACGCUCCUGGUUCGACAUCUGCCGGAAGGAAUGCCUCACGACCUACUAUCUCGUCUGUUCUCUCACUAUGGUGCCUCCAGUGUCCGGCCCUGCGCCGGCGGAAGGCUAAGGAAUUGUGCCUUUGUGGAUUUCAAGGAUGAAGUUCUAGCCACUCAAGCACAAACUCAGUUGAACAGGUUGAGAUUUCUGGGAAAAGUCUUAAAAGUAGAGAGAGCCGGCAAGCCCAAUUUGAAGUCUGCGGAUCAGAAAAGUGAUUCUCAAUCAAAGAAGGAUUCCACUGCAAAUUCAUCACAUCUCAAGGAAUCUUUUACAAACCAAAAGAACUUGACGACUGGUGAACCAAUUGCUCCAAGGCUGGGUGUGGACUAUCCUUUUCCACCACAUCUCGAGUAUGCAUAUCCUCCUCCUGAUGGAAAUAUAUUGACCAACAUUGUGAAUGCACUAAUUGCUGUCCCUCGAUUUUAUACACAGGUUUUGCAUUUAAUGAACAAAAUGAAUAUUCCAGCACCAUUUCGCAUGGCAUUGCCAACUCCACCAUUACCACCCCCAAUACCUGCUGCUCCACCUCCAUCACCUCCUCGGCCUCCUACUACAACAGCAAUGAAGUCAAAUUUGAAUGAUUUAUCCAGUGAAGAGUCUGAGAUGGAAUCAUCAGAAGAAGAUGCUGAGAGUGGUCAUCGUCAAAAGCGUAGGAGGCAAGAAGCAAUUGUUGGUCCUGCAGUUGAUAGAGGUGUAGCACAUGAAGAUGUUGGAUUGAAACCUGUUUCCUUGGUUCCAAAAGAAAUUCCAGUUAUUAGAAAGAAAAAUCCUGUAUUGCAGAUUAAAGUUGCUCCUAAACCAGUUCUCAAGGAAACUAUGGAAAAAGAUAUGUGUGUAAAAGAACCAGCUUUAGAUAAUGAGCAUUUUGAGCAUUCACUUAUCGCUACACCACAAGAAAUUGAAAGUGGAAAAUUGCCUCCCGAGGAAAUCCUGUCUCUUCCCAUGUUCAAGAAUUAUUCUCCUGGAGACCCUGCAAGUGUCUUGUACAUUAAAAACUUGGCAAAAGAUGUGGUUGUUGAUGACUUCUACUUCAUAUUUGGGUCACUUUUUGGAAGCAUUGAAGCUGCUAGAGUUGGACUCACUAUUAAGUUGAUGCAGGAAGGCCGCAUGAGGGGUCAAGCAUUCGUGACAUUUCCAUCUGUAGAUCUUGCUCAGCAUGCACUGGUGUGUGUUGAACAAUAGCCUGACAAUCUAGUCAAUGGAUACGUCUUCAAAGGAAAGCCAAUCAUUAUUCAAUUUGGCCGUAACUCCGGUGCCGCUAAAGCAAACUGAGUCAUGUUUUGUUAUUAGGAUAGAGUUACAUUUUACAUGGUUGGACGUUUCACUAAAGUCAAGUACUCUGGAAGACCGAAAUGAAAAUCUCUACUGCGUCGCAGUCGCAAUGUAUAGUUGGACGACAGUUUGAGGUAUUUUAACAACAAACAGAGUUGUCUCAACUAGCAGGCAUCUUAAUCUGUGGAAGCCACUGAAGUAACAACUAGACUGCAGUGCAGUCUAAACAACUGAUACUACUCAAACCACUUGCAGUCUGAAGAAUGCAGUGUUCAGCACCGACAUCAGGAUGGAAAACAUCACUAGCUAUUCAAUUAUACAUGAACCUUCCAUUCUUGCAUCAACUUCGUGUGGGACAAUGUAUCUUUUACUCAAAACCUUAUAGAGGAUUGUAUUUGCUAUUUAGAAAGGCCUUUUCAUUUUCUACUA